AUGUGGAGAAAUGUUGAAAGUAAUAUUACCAUACCCGAAUUUUAUCAAAACAAAAAUGUGUUUAUAACAGGUGCCUCAGGGUUUUUAGGAAAAUUGUUAGUGGAAAAAUUGUUGAGGUCAAGUAGUGGAAUUAAGAAUAUUUAUGUCUUAAUAAGGCCGAAACAUGGUAAAAGUCCGCAAGAUAGAAUGAGUGAUGCUACUGAUGAUCCACUUUUCGAUACAAUAAGAAAAGAAAAUAGUGCAGCCCUAAAUAAAAUAAUACCAAUUAUCGGUGAUAUAGAAAAAGUCAAUUUUGGAUUAAGUGAAAGAGACAAAGCAGAAAUAAUUGAAAACGUAACAAUAAUCUUUCACUGUGCAGCAUCAAUUCGUUUCGAUGAUCCCAUCAAAAAGGCGGUGUUUGCAAACAUCAGAAGUGCCAGAGAAAUAACGUUAUUAGCAAGACAACUCAAAAGAAUCGACGUAUUUGUACAUUUAUCGACUGCCUAUUCUAAUUGCGAUAAUCUAAUUGUGGAAGAAAAGUUAUAUCCAGCUAAAAUGAACUGGAGAGAUCUUAUACGACUAGCUGAAGAAUAUGACGAAACUACUCUACAAUAUUUAGUCCAUAAGUUAAUUUAUCCGAUGCCUAAUACUUAUGUUUUUACGAAGGCUCUGGGAGAGCACGCUGUGGUGGAACUCGCCAAAGAUAAAAUACCAGCUGUAAUAAUGCGACCCACUAUAGUUUUUUCAACGUAUUCUGACCCGGUUCCUGGAUGGUUAGACAACAUAAACGGGACAGCUAGUAUCCUUUAUGGCCUAUCAAAAGGUGUAGUAAGAUCAACAUGGUUAGACAUAAAUAUAAGACCUGAUCACGUUUUCGCAGAUAGUGUGGCAAAAGCUUUAAUAAUAGCUUCAUGGAAGAAAGCAAUAUCUGGCAAUACCAAUGAAAUCUACUUUUAUAAUUUAGCUUCGGAUUUAAGGAUCAACUUCGGAUAUAUGCAGGAAAUGGCAAAGGUUUAUCUAAAAAAUAAUCCAUCAGUUACUUAUUUGUGGCCACCAAAAACGAAUUGUAUUACCAAUGAAUAUUAUGUAUUCUACUUCUUUAUUUUAUUAGAACAUCUUUUGCCUGCCAUAAUAAUUGAUACUUUAUUGAUAUUAAGUAGACGACAGCCAAUGCUAUGGAAGGUGAAUCGUAAAUUAUUUAUUGCUAUGAGCUGUUUGGCCCCGUUUAUGAAGAAUACAUGGAUAUUUAAAAAUGAAAACUAUAUGGAAUUAAGAAAAAGUAUUUUACAACAAGACAGUAACGAAUUUAGUAUAGUGAAUUUUGGUCCAAACGCUUCUAAAAAAAUUCACGAUGAGUGUUUAGAAAUCUAUUUUAAAGGAAUAAGAAAGUACUUUGCAAAAGAACCACCUGCAACAGAAGCAAUGGUUAAAAAACAGGUUAUGUUGGUCCUUGUAGACAAAUUAUUCAAGAUAAUUUUAUUAGGCUUAGUUAUUUAUUAUGUGUUUUGUAAAAUGCGUUUAUUGUCUGUUUUAUCUGGUAAAGUUUAUACAUAUUUUGAAAAUUAAUUUAGAUACGUAAUUUGUAAUUUCAGUAGACCGUAUGGUAUACUAUUUAUUAUAAUAGUAUAAUACAGCAAAAAUACAA